AUGGCGGGGGGCAAUAAUCAUAAAGAGGUUUUUGUGGAGCAUAAAUAUUUAAAUUUUGGUAGAUUGCAUCCUCUCAAAAUUGGUGAAAAAUUAUUCAAUCUGAAUGGCGAUGAAAAUGAUAUUGAUUUCUUGCACACAGUUGGUCGAAAUAGGGUCCAGAUUAUGUGUAAAUCCGCUAUAGGUGCCAACAAAAUAGUUGAAAAUCAGGUAUUUGAAAGUAACAAUCUUAUUGCAUAUAUUCCAUCUCAUCUUACUCAAAAAAAAGGCCUUAUCCGUAAUGUUGAUACAUCUUUCUCAGAGGAAGAAAUUUUGAAAAUUUUGAAGUCGUCAGUUCCAAUAAAGGCAGUACAGAGGAGAUUUAAAUUUGUUCUCGAUAAGGAUGGCAAUAAAGUAAAAGUUCCUAGACAGCAGAUUAUUGUAACUUUCGAUAAUUUAGUCCUGCCACAAUUUGUUUAUAUGUACCGAUUGAGAUACGAAGUUGAUACUUGGUACUCCCCGGUCACUCAAUGUUAUAAUUGUUUAAAUUUUGGUCACACUGCUUCCCAAUGUAAAAGCAAAAAACGAUGCAAAACCUGUUCUAAAAAAAUAUUAAAUGACGAGGGACUGUGUACUGAUUGUGAGACUUUUUGUGUUCAUUGUAAAGAUAAUUCUCAUAUUUCUACUAGUAAAAAAUGUCCUAAAUAUAACAAUCAGGUUAAAAUUAAGCAGGCGAUGGCAAAUCUUAAUGUAUCCUUUAAAGAAGCCGAAAAAAUUGUAGAUAACCCAUCUUAUGCAAGCCUCGUUUCGAAAAAUAAAUUUGCUCCAUUGUCUUCAAAAACCGAUUUUCCUGAAUUACCACCGAACUAUAGAAAUCAAUCUAAUCCCCCGAAUUCAAAAACGACAUUUGUAGCUCAUCCACAUUCCAGCAAGUAUAUUCCCUCUUCCAGUGUAUAUGAAAAUUAUAAAAAACGGAAAGUCAGUGAUAGAAGUCCUUCUUUUGAACCCGUUAGCAGAGAAUUUGAUUGGUCCUAUACAGGUGCACCUUGGAUUGAGUCUCAUCAGAUAACCACUAAAAAUACUUUUGAAGGUCUAAAGGAUAAAAUAAUUGAAGAUUUAACUUGUCAAAUAAAUAAUUCAAUCAGGGGAGAAUGA